GUGUUUUCAAACAUCAUCAUGGAAGGAUCGUCUAUACCGCUGCGAUGUUUCCGUGAAUCGCACUCGUCUGAGCUUUUCAACGAUGACGGGGUGCAAACGGUGACCUCGAGAGAACAAGUGAGCUUAACUCGUAGUAUUAGUUAGCUAAUUGGUAUUAGCUUAGAGCUAACUGUCUAUGAGUGACACAGUGCAGUCUUUUUGCUGUAUGUUCUGCACGUGCAAGGAAUUAUACUUCUGCAUCCACCUCACCCGAAAAAAGUUGAACGCAGUAUUCAAGAGGUUUACAGUGUUUACCAGCAAAUGCACACCUCACCACAGCCUGCUCUGCUGAGGGAACAACACUAUCAUUAUUUGAAGAAAGGUUUACGCCAUCUUUCUGAUGCAUAUGAGUGUUUGGAUGCCAGCCGGCCUUGGCUCUGCUAUUGGAUCCUGCACAGCCUGGAGCUGCUAGAAGAACCCGUGCCGGCGGCAAUUGCAUCAGACGUGUGUCAGUUUCUGGCAAGGUGUCAGAGCCUGACAGGUGGCUUUAGUGGAGGUCCGGGUCAGCAUGCUCACCUUGCACCCACCUACGCUGCUGUUAACGCUCUUUGCAUCCUGGGCACAAAAGAGGCCUACAAUGUCAUCAACAGAGAGAAGCUCCUGGACUUCCUGUAUUCUGUGAAACAGCCAGAUGGCUCCUUUGUGAUGCAUGUGGGUGGAGAGGUGGACGUCAGGAGUGCAUACUGUGCAGCUUCCGUGGCUUCGCUCACAAAUAUUAUCACACCCACUCUGUUUGAUGGGACGCACCAUUGGAUUAUCAGUUGUCAGAACUGGGAGGGCGGUUUAGGUGGAGUCCCAGGACUUGAGGCACACGGUGGCUACACCUUCUGCGGCACCGCUGCCCUGGUCAUACUGGGCAAAGAACACAUGCUGGAUCUUAAAGCCUUGUUACGAUGGGUAACCAGCAAACAAAUGCGUUUUGAAGGUGGAUUUCAGGGCCGGUGUAACAAACUGGUGGAUGGAUGUUACUCUUUCUGGCAAGCAGGGCUUUUACCAUUACUCCACAGAGCUCUUUUCAAAGAAGGAGACUCAACGCUGAGUGUGAGUAGCUGGAUGUUUGAGAGAAAAGCCCUGCAAGAAUACAUCCUCCUCUGCUGCCAGAAUCCUGGUGGAGGCCUUCUGGAUAAACCCAGCAAGUCUAGAGAUUUCUACCACACGUGCUACUGUCUGAGUGGGCUCUCAAUAGCACAGCAUUUUGGAAACCAAGAUCUCCAUAAUGAAUUGAUCCUCGGUCGAGACGAGAACAGACUGGCACCAACUCAUCCAGUUUACAACAUCGGCCCGGAGAAGGUCGCCCAAGCGAAAGAACAUUUCCACCAGCUUCCGGUCCCAGUUUUCACAGGAGCUAUGAAUGAUACGGACCAGUCAUAGACUUUCUUUUCUAUUAAAGAUAUGUGAGGAAUUGAGCUAGCUUGAUCUGAAGCAGAGGCGUCAUCUGUAAAUGCUGUAGAGAGGAUUAUGUUGGUUUGUACUACAAAGAAAACACACCCGGGGUCUUUAUCUCCUAGUUUCAGCAUGGGAUUUUGAUUCUGGAGAAACAGUGGAGACUGACCUGCCAAGGUGUUACCAAUGCGCCAGUCAAUGAAAAUUUAUUUGCACAUACAGUACCAACUUGCUUUUGGUAAAUGUUUUCUGGAGUGUGUGUGGCAGUAGGGUUCUGGAUAGAAAUAAAGAAUUUGUAUUAUGAUUUAUACUCUUAUAGUCCUGAUUUCUGAAUUGAUAUUUUGCUGACUUUUGAUGCUAUUGAAUGGGGAACGGGUGCAACUAUCUAAAGUUGCUCACCACAUCAGUACUUAUACUAUUUUGUCAUUUUGGCUGCAGUGAAAUUAAUUUGUUUUAUGACCUUCUUGGGGUAAUUUAGUUUUACAAUUUUCACAUCAUUAAUGUUUGUUUAUGGUAUUGUGGCAGAAUGGUGCUGUAGGUGCAAAAGAAUCAUACGGCAUAUGUAAAGGAUAAAAUAGUUUUAUUUAUAUUCUCAUUGUAAAGGUAGGCCUCACCUUGCAAGACAACUGUUGGCAGUAUGUACAACAUACCUGUAAUUUCCAUGGAAUGGAAUCAGACAAAGAAAGACCUACUCAGUUUUACUAAUGUCCUAAGUGGAAAAUAGGGUAAAAGACAUACACAUACUCAAAAUGCAACUUCUGUGGUGUGCUGCAGUCAAAUUUCUGAUCAACAUUUAGAACAUUUAUCUUAAAAGUCACAACAUGAAUCUACUUUCAAUAUUUCAUGGGGAAACCAGUUUUGGAACGUUCAUAUUCCCAAUAUGGAGUGAAUACAUAAAUUUAAUCAACGGGAGGCUCGAAUGACAGAUGCAAAAUAAAUGCUUUAUCACUUUUCAGCCACCAUUUUAAAAAUCAUUUUUUUCAACCUGUAAACUUUUACUACAUCAGCAUCAGGCUUAAACAACAAAUACAACACAAGCUCAACAGCCUUCCUAUAAAGCAUAUUUUUUUUUGUAAAAAUGUAUUACUCAUCCCAUAGUUCUAACAUGGGUACAUUGAUAAGACGCUUUAAAGUAACUGAACAUUCCUUUAUGGAAAACUUACAAAUAUUUAGAAAGGCAAACCACUCAGAAUUUACCCUUAGCUAAAUUGUCCUAAGCAGGCUUUAAGAUAUUCAACAGAAAAAAAUUAUAUUUUAGCAGUGCUAUGAGCUGUACGCCUCGUUCACCCCUUUAAAUUCCACCUGGAGGGAUUGUAGUUGAGGGUACAAAAAAGCAUCAAGUCCUUAAAUUGCAAAGCUGCCUCAUUUUGGGUUUAAAAUCAUCGUUUCUUGUUGUGCGUGCCAAGACGCAAGAUGGACGAACUCGGAAAGGGAGGGAGAGAAAAACAA